AUGAAUUUGCUUAAAAAAAUGCUGCUGAAGACAAAUCAUAGGGAUAAUUAAUUGUUGGAACAGAAUUAAAUUCUUAUACAUAUAUAAUUAAGAAAUAACAUAAAUUUAUAAAAAAGUAAAUAAAAAAAUUAAUAAUUAGUAUAAAGUGCCUGGAGUUUCAAUUUCAUUUAGUAUAUUUUAUGA